AUGGGAACUAUCACUGCAGAUGAAGUAAAUUUCCAGCAUUUAAUAGCAAGUUGUGAGCGACUGUGUGUUGAAGACACAUCACUGAAUAUAUUUAAACUUGCAGCAAAUUUGAAAGAACUUGAAGAGAUAUUCGGCCGUCUGCUUCAGAGCAGGGACAUUGACAGAGAUAUUUUACAACAUUAUGAACAAAGUUUGAAUGUGUUGCGUCUUCAUGUCGAAGCAAAACAAGAAAAAACUACUACAACUUCUGAUGGAAAAGAUUCGUUAGUUCAAUGUGAUGUAGAUCUCAAUGAUGUAAAAAAUGAUGUUGUUUUCUCAAAAGCCAAAAUGAAGAUUGCACAUGAAGCUGAUUUACGUAUGCAAUUAUUUGGAGAAGCAGAAAAGUCAUCACUGCUUGAUUCCGAUUUCAAUCCAGAACUCAUUACUCGUCGUGAGACUGAAAAACAAGAAAAUUUGGCGAACGAGUUGUUUAGUAUGGCACGUCUAAUGAAGCACACUUAUUCAACAGCUAAUGCGGUUAUCAAAGAAGACAAUGCGACACUCUCUCGAUUACAACAGGUGGCAGAUGCUCAUAAAGGAAGUUUACUAAAAGAAAGUAAACGACUUGAAGAGUAUGCGUAUCGUUCAUGGUGUGAUUGUUUAUAUAUUGUAGGUGUUUGUGGUAUAAUUAUGUCAUUUAUAGCUAUGGUGAUUAUUAUGAGGGUUUUCACAAAGAAAUAUUAG